ACUAUAAUUCUAUAUAUUGGGAUUUAAUAGUGAAUAUAUAUUUUUGUGAAACUACUGACGCUGGUAAACUUAUUCCUUAAUGCUUUUAUUUAGUUGUAUUGAAAUUAUUUACAAAAUGUUAGCGGUAUACUUAUGCUUAAUUAGUGUUUUAACCCCAUUAGUAUCCUCGAAAAUUUCUCUACUAUCUUUUGGAGGAAAAACAUAUUUGAAUGGCCAGUAUAUAGUAGAAGCACCCGAUAAUGGCAAUAUAAAAGAUGGAAUUGUGAAUGGCUAUACUCAAAAAUUGAAAUUAAACAUUAUAAGAUCAUUGACGCUUCCUGAAAGAUUAAUUCUAGGAGAGCAAUUAAAAAAAUCGAAUGAUAUAUUAUCUCAACGGGAGGCGGAAAAUGUGAAAAGAUUAGAGGACCGUGAAAAUGAAUUGGAUAAAUUGUUCAAAGGAGAAGAAAAGCAACAAUUCAAAAAAUUAACAAACGAUGAAGUCCCACAAGAAGCUAUAAGCCAUGGGAAAUUUGAAGAAAUGCGGGGGCAAAAUAAAAUUACAGAGGCUAAAGGCGUUGAAGGUAACUCACGAAUGAUGCGGUACGCUGUGUAACAGAACGACGAAAGUGCCCAUAUUAUGAUAGUUAAUAGUAAAAUAACUAGGAUAAUAAUCAAUGAAUGAAGAUUCAUAUCUAAUAUUAAGUUAUAACUGUCAAUUUUUUAUGAAAUAUACAAUUUUAUCAGAAAAUAGAAUACCUAUUAUUGUCAUUUUUAUUAUUGGAAGUCGUGACAAGCUUUCCUCAUCAGGUUUUUUUAAUAUUUCAAAAUAAUAAACUAUUUGUAUAUUAUGUUCUAGUAUGUUUUAAAAUGCGUACAAUUUUUAAAAUACUUUCUCGCAUCUAAUGACAAAUAAUUGCAAUUUUAGUGUAUUAUAAUAUGUAUUAAUAUUGAAUUUGAAGUGAUAUUAUGUGCUCAAACAUUUAAAUUUGAAAUAAUUGUAAUAAUUAAAAUUAUAAAUGUUAAUAAAAUAAAAUAUAAUUAUUGUUAAA